CGCACCUCUAUGGUUCCUCUUCCGGGUUGCUGUGCGGCGUCAUGGCGGCGCACCUGAAGAAACGGGUGUAUGAGGAGUUCACCAAGGUGGUCCAGCAGCAGCAUGAGGACCUGUCCACCAAGAAGCUGCGGCUCACCAAGCCCAGCAAGUCGGCAGCGCUCCACGUGGACCUGUGCAAAGCCACCUCGCCUGCAGAUGCCUUGCAGUACCUGCUGCAGUUUGCCAGGAAGCCUGUGGAAGUGGAGAGCGUGGAGGGGGUUGUCAGGAUCCUGCUGGAGCAUUAUUACAAGGAGAAUGAUGCCUCUGUAAGACUGAAGAUUGCAUCCUUGCUGGGGUUGUUGUCAAAGACUUCAGGAUUUUCCCCAGACUGCAUUAUGGAUGAUGCCAUUAACACACUUCAGAAUGAGAAGUCUCACCAAGUCCUUGCUCAGCUGUUGGACACCCUGUUAGUGAUCGGCACAAAACUCCCAGAGAAUCCAUCUGUCAGGAUGAGGCUGGUGGAGGUUGCCUGCAAGCAUCUGACAGAUUCUUCUCAUGGUGUAAGGAAUAAGUGUCUUCAGCUGAUUGGCUGUCUUGGCCCAGUGGAAAAAGGUGUUGCAAAAGAGGCUGAAAGCCAGGCGGCCAAAGAUGUCCAGAAGAUAAUAGGAGAUCAUUUUAGUGAUCAGGACCCUCGAGUUAGGACUGCAGCUAUAAAAGCCAUGCUACAGCUUCAUGAAAGAGGAUUAAAGUUACAGCAAGCUAUUUAUAGUCAGGCCUGCAAGCUGUUGGCAGAUGAUUACGAGCAAGUGCGCAGUGCUGCUGUCCAGCUGAUCUGGGUCCUCAGUCAGCUUUACCCUGAAAGCAUUGUCCCGAUUCCUUCUUCUAAUGAAGAAAUUCGCUUGGUUGAUGAUGCCUUUGGAAAAAUUUGCCAUAUGGUUAGUGAUGGUUCCUGGGUUGUAAGAGUACAAGCUGCGAAGUUACUGGGUUCUAUGCAACAAGUUAGUUCCCAUUUCUUGGAGCAGACCCUUGACAAGAAGCUCAUGUCAGAUCUGAGGAGGAAGCGCACCGCACAUGAGCGAGCCAAAGAGCUCUACAGCUCUGGGGAGUUUUCAAGUGGCAGGAAGUGGGGAGAUGAUGCUCCCAAAGAGGAGAUCGAUACUGGUGCUGUGAACCUGAUUGAAUCAGGAGCUUGUGGGGCUUUUGUUCACGGCCUGGAGGAUGAGAUGUACGAGGUUCGAAUCGCUGCGGUUGAAGCCCUGUGUAUGUUGGCUCAGUCCUCGCCUUCUUUUGCGGAGAAAUGCCUGGAUUUUUUGGUUGACAUGUUUAAUGAUGAAAUCGAGGAGGUCAGAUUGCAGUCAAUACACACAAUGAGAAAAAUUUCCAACAAUAUCACACUGCGGGAAGACCAGCUGGAUACUGUCUUAGCUGUCUUGGAGGAUUCUUCGAGGGACAUUCGGGAAGCGCUUCAUGAGCUGUUGUGUUGCACUAAUGUUUCAACUAAAGAAGGCAUCCAUCUUGCACUGGUGGAGCUGCUGAAAAACCUGACCAAGUAUCCCACAGACAGAGAAUCCAUAUGGAAAUGCUUGAAGUUCCUGGGAAGCAGGCAUCCCACUUUGGUGCUUCCAUUAGUCCCAGAGCUGCUGAGCACCCAUCCGUUCUUUGACACUCCGGAGCCAGACAUGGAUGACCCAGCCUACAUUGCUGUUCUGGUUCUGAUUUUUAAUGCUGCUAAAAGUUGCCCAACAAUGCCUGCCCUGUUCUCUGACCAUACAUUCAGGCAUUACGCAUAUCUUCGGGACAGCCUCUCGCACCUGGUCCCUCCAUUGAGGUUGCCGGGUAGAAAGCUGGUGUCCUCUGCUGUCUCUCCCAGUAUUACCCCACAUGAAGAUCCUUCCCAGCAGUUCCUGCAUCAGAGCCUGGAGAGGGUUUACAGCUUUCAGCACCUCGACCCACGGGGCAUCCAGGAACUGCUGGAAUUUACCAUCCGUGAUCUUCAGAGGCUUGGAGAGCUGCAGUCAGAACUGGCAGGGAUGGCAGAUUUCACUGCAACUUACCUUCAGUGUCAGCUACUCCUCAUCAAGGCCUUGCAGGAGAAGUUGUGGAAUGUGGCAGCUCCCCUAUACCUGAAGCAGAAUGCGUUGGCAUCUACUGCAGCAAAACAGAUCCUGGAAGAAACUUACAAGAUGGAGUUCAUGUACAGCGGAGUGGAAAGCAGACAAGUGGUCAUUAUUCACCACAUGAGGCUGCAAGCGAAGGCCUUGCAGCUGAUAGUGACUGCCCGCACCACCAGAGGAGUGGAACCUCUUUUUGGGAUGUGUGAAAAAUUCCUCCAAGAAGUGGAUUCCUUUCAGAGAUGUUUCAUCUCUGAGCUCCCACAUAUGCAAGGCAGUUUUGUAGAUAAAUUGUUGGACUUAAUGCCCAGACUUGUGACAUCCAAGCCUUCAGAAGUGGUCAAGAUUCUUCAGACAACACUGCGGCAGAGUACCUUCCUCCACCUUCCUCUUCCAGAGCAGCUUCAUAGAGCUACUGCAAAUAUCAUUGAGCCUACUGGUGAAUCUGAUAAUCCCCUGAGGUUUACGUCAGGAUUGGUUGUGGCACUGGAUGUUGAUGCAACUCUGGAACAUGUGCAGGAUCCCCAGGGAACUGUUAAAGUUCAGAUAUUGUAUCCAGAUGGACAAGCACAGCUAAUCCAUCCUAAACCAGCUGACUUCCGAAAUCCCGGCCCUGGGAGGCACAGGCUGAUAACUCAGGUUUACCUCUCGCACACAGCCUGGACAGAACCAUGUCAGAUUGAAGUGCGGUUGCUGCUGGCUUACAAUUCCAACAGGAGCAGAGCAUCUACCAGAAUCCCUAAAUCUACCUGGAGUGAGAGCUUGGAGGCUCUCCCACCCUCUGAAAAUGGCAUAGAGGGGACCAUCCCCUUCAGCAAGCCUGUCAAAGUGUACAUAAUGCCCAAACCUGCCAGGCGGUAAAGGCUGGCGCUGAAAAACCUAUUUAUGGGGUUUGUUGGGUUACAUGAAAACAAGAUGCUGUGUCCAAGAUAGCAAACCAAGCCAAAACAGCCUAAACUUGCAUAAAGGAAGUCAGAUGUCAAAAUAAAGCUGCUGGAGAACAGUUAGUCUCUUAAGCAGCGGGCAAAUACAGGAGUUACUCAGCUAGUUAGGAGAGAUUUCAGGAAAAUGCAGGUUUUUCUAUAUUGAUUCAACAGAAACAGGACAGUUCUCAAUCAGCAUUCCAGUAGUAAUUUCACUGGGCUGUACCUUCAGUUUUUACCUAUCAAAAGUCUUUCUCCAAGGCCUCUAGGUUGUCUGUUAUGUAUUUACUAUGUAAAUGCUUGGGCACAUAAAUCAAUGUUAUUUUUACAGUAAUCUGAAGUGAAGCUGAGGAGUUCAGCAUUUUGUGGGGAGGUUGGUUUGUUUCUGAGGGUUUUUGGGUUUGGUAUUUUUUGGUUUGGUGUUUUGGGGUGUGGUGGGUUUUUUUUUGGUUUUUUUUUUUUUAAUGUCUAAAACUUGCAUUUGUGCACUGGUACCUAAUUUCUUAAGAGAAAAAAAUUAUAAUAAGUACUAUUGUUCUUGUGUGGGAACAGCACCUAGGAAGGAAAUUGCCAAUUGCUGUUCUCCAUCCUCUACAGCUCAUACUGAAGCUUGUCCAGCUCUGGGGAUGGCACAGGUUGUUCAUGGUGCAGGGGCAGGAGGAACCUGUUUGUGCAGGUGGCAGAACUUCAGUCAGCAGGACAUGGAGUUUAACUGACCUACAGCAGUAAAGCAGUUUGUCUUCUUUUGCACCUUUGUGCAGCUUGAGGAGCAAUGUGAUUAAGUACCAGUUGGAAAAUUCCUAACCACAACCCACUAAGUUUUACAGGAUCUGUUUCUGUGUGAUGAUCCUGGCCUGAACCAGUCUCAGUGCGAUGUGAAAACCUAUGAUUUUCAAUUCAGCAGCACUUUUGGCACUCAGUCUUUCUUGUCAGUUGUAGUAGCUGAACACGCUCUGUUCAGCAGAGUUGGGCAGCUUGUCAGUGUUCCCCUCUGGACAUGAGCUGGGAGAACAGAGGGACAAGAAUUUAGUUAAAACAUGAUACAUCUGGAAUUCCUGUUGGCAAGUGUGUCUGUGCAUUGCUUCUGUGUGCCAGGCUUAGGGGACUGAGGAACCUGGUAUGAUUUGUAUCAAUCCUUUGGUAAGUUUUUUUAGGAGGACCUAAUCUGUGAAACAUUCUAGUGCAAGUGGCCAAAUGUUGCCAGUGUUCAUGAAUCACUUCAUGUUCAUGAGGUUUUUUUCUUUUUAUAAAGGGGUGUAUUUUUAGGAAGUAAGCAAAACAGUGAAGAAAUAAUUUGCAGUUGGAUUUAGUGUAAAUAACUCCUUACAUGCUUUCCUACAAUAAAAUUGGAAGACUCAUGCUAUUCUGUUUUUUUUGUUUGUUGGUUUGGUUUUGGUUGUUUUUUGUUUUUUUUUUUUUUAAUAGUAGUGGUGAACAUAGAUGCCUGCAUUGUCCUUGACUAAUAAGAUCACAGCAUGUUUUUUGUGAUUUUCAUUUUUUAGUACUUGUAAGUUGUAGCCCAAAGGCUCAUAACUGUAAAAAUUUGCCGCUGCUUUAGGUAUUCUUGAAUUAAAUUUACUUUCUUUGUGCUUCUGCUCUU